AUGUCCACAGUAAAAACAACUAUAAAAACAGAUAUAUGCUCAUUUAGUGAACAUCGUAUUUAUCCAGGACGUGGAAAAAAAUUUGUUGCUCGUGAUGGCAGGGUUUCCACUUUUCUAAACCAGAAGUGUAAUUCAUUAUUUCAGCAGAGGAUUAAGCCAGUGAAACUGACAUGGACUGUUGGAUGGAGAAGAAUGAAUAAGAAGUUAACAUCUCAGGAAUUUAGUGCAAAGAAGAGAAAUAGGAGAACUGUUAGACUACAGAAAGCAAUUGAGGGUUUAUCACUAGAUGAUAUAAGAAAGAAGAGAGCUCAAUACCAACAAGUUUCAGGAUCAGCUCAAAAGGCUGCAUUAUCAGAAGCUAAAGCUAGACAGAGAAAGCAUAAGUAG